AUGGAUACUCAUGGUGCUGUUAGAGCUUGCCAAAAACUAUUUGUUUCCGACCUAACGGCUUUUUGUGGGAAAAAAAAGGAUCAAUGGGAAGCUACAUGGGCCCAAUCGAAGAGUGGACAUGAGCAGACCAACGACAACAAUGCAAGGACUAUGACAGCUGAAAAGAAGAUGAAGUUCUCAAAAACAAAAGAAAAAGUUGAAGGAGUCGAGCAUCAACUAUCAGAAGCCGACCACUCACAUUGUAUGUUGAUGUCUGAUAAGAGCAGACCUUAG